AUGAAGCUCACUUUCGUGGCUCUGGCUUUGGCCUUGGCUGCUACCGCACAGUGCGGAACUAUCCCCAAGAUCGUUGAUGAUGAUCCCAGCAUGAUUGGUGCCGGUUCUAAGCCUGUGAUGCACGAUGAGACACGCGAGCUCCGAUACCGCAAGGGCCCUCAGACUACCGACGGUACUGGAUCUACCCUUCAUUCUGGCCUCACCGUUCAGCUCGACUCCAGGCCCAAGUCCAAGUGCAUGUACGACAUGAACACCUUUGUCGAGUCCAACCUCAACUACGGCACUGAUGGUGGUCUUUACGCUGAGAUGAUCCGAAACCGCGCGUUCCAGUCUGCCGCCGACGCCGUCUUUGGUGCGGGCAAGAACGACGCCAUUGGUUCUGGCUCUUUAACCGCUUGGCAGCCCGUAGCCGAUUCCAAGCUCGAUCUCGUCGCCGAUAAGCCUCUCUCUGCUGCUUUGCCCAAGUCUGCCAAGAUCACUUGCACGUCGGGUGUCCCUUGCGGUCUCAAGAACCUCGGCUUCUUCGGUAUGCCCGUUGAGGCUGGUGAAACAUACAACGCCAGCUUCUACAUUCGUACCGAAAAGCCUGCGAAGCUCAGCCUCACCUACGGUCUUUACAACGUCGAUCUCACCCAGAGAUACGCCGAGAGAAAUGAGAUUGUCGAGGUUAACGGCCACUGGACUCCCGUCCACAGUGUUUUUUCGCCUCGGGUCGGUGCCAAGGAUAUCAACAAUGUUUUCGCUAUCAAGACCGACAGCAGUAUCGAGUCGUUCCAGAUCAACCUUGUUAGUCUUUUCCCCGUUCCUUACCCCGAUACCGUUGCUAGGCGCGAUCUUGCCGAGAAGUUCCUCAAGUUCAAGCCCAAGGCUAUCCGAUGGCCUGGUGGUAACGACCUUACUGGUGCCACGAUCGAAUCUCGCUUCCGGUGGGAAAAAACCAUUGGUCCCCUCGAGGACCGACCUGGUCGGCUGGGCAACUGGGCUGGCUGGAACACCGACGGCCUUGGCGUUGUCGAGAUGUACAACUUCAUCUCUAAGAUGGGAGCUCGUCUCAUCGUUGGUCUCUGGGCUGGUGUUGAUGCCAACGGCAAGUCGGUUCCCCUUAAGGACCUUGAGCCUUAUGUUCAGGAGCAGGUCGACUUUGUCCACUUCUUGCUUGACACUAAAGGCAAGUUCGCCGAACUUCGUUUCAAUAGCGGUGGUCCUAAGCAGCCUUACGACGUUCAGGCCUUCAUGAUCGGAAACGAAGGUGGACUCAAGCCUGAUGUUGACUACCAGACCCGAUUCGACAUGAUCACCAACCGUCUCAAGAAGGAGUUUGCCGGCUACAAGGGCUUCGAUGAGAUCGACCUCAUUGCUUCCGCCGCUGUUACCGUCCCCACUGGCUACAAGUAUCGAGUCGACCUUCUCAACCAGCCCAUCUACGGCAUUCCUUCCGACUUCAUCGAAAGGUACCACAUGUAUGACGAUGCCUCUCGUACCAACAACACCGUGUUCUACAGCAUGGAGUUCGCCGUUAUCAACUCUGGCAUGGAAGCCGAUGACAACGUCUGGUUCGGUCCUGGUCGACUCCACCACUCCAUCCUCCAAGGAUCUCUUGCCGAGUCGGUCUUCAUCCUGGGUAUGGAGAACAACUGUGACAUCGUCCGUGGUGCCGCAUAUGCUCCUGAACUCUCUAACGAGUCGGAUGACCGGGCUUCACAGUCUACUCCCGGCUUGCUCGAGUUCGACACCACCAAGGUUAUCAGUUCGACCUCUUGGUUGAUGCAGAGCCUCAUCUCUGCCAACCGCAUCAGCCAGAACUUGGCCAUCAAGAACAGCAAGGAGCUCGAAAAAGCUAAGAUCUACGUCUCCGCCGGUCUUGAUGACAAGAACAAUGUGGUGGUCAAGUUGGUCAACUACAGCGAGAAACCUACCUACGUGAACAUCGAUGCUGGUGUGCAGUUGGGCGCUGAUACUCGGUGCAAGGAGGUGGCGGGUGAAGGUCCGUUGGACUCGAACACUCUGAAGAAGCAGAGCGUUAAGACUGCUACUUGCACUGCUAAGGCUACCGGUAAGCUGGUCUCGGUCGAGUUGAAGAAGUGGUCGUUUACUGUGAUCACUGCCGGGACCGCUAGCAAGUAA